GGUCAAGAGCAAGUCGGAAAAACGCCUCAUGAUACACAGGGCAUAUCCAAGCGCGUGUGCAUCGAUCCAAUUGCCAGCCCAAGUUAGACUCGUGUUCCCGAGUGCUAGUCAGAUCUUGGAUAGAGUUGAUACUAGAUCCUGCCCUGGAUUGGAACGAGCUCAGGAAGCUGUUUUACAGCAUUUGCUUAAAGCUCCCUGUCCUUUUCUCAACUCUCCUUCAAACAUUUCAGCCCGCUGAAUGACGCUGUUGAUAUUUGAAAUAUUUUCCCGACCAUACACUUGAUCUUCCCAAAAUCAUUCCGCAUUCUCGACGCAUGACCGAGGGGUUGAACGCUGAGGAGAUCAUCCAAAAUACCUCCAUACGCCUUACAGAACGAGACGACAGAUCGUUGCAGACAUGGUUUCUUCACAUGAUACUUCGCUUGGCAGGUAAUCAUGUAGGACGUCCGGGCAAAACUUAUCCCGUGGGCUCGGCACAGCUCAAACCACCGUCAUCGACCAGGAAAAUGUGUAACGUUAAUCAGCGAAGGGUUGAGGACGUAUGGAUGUACGACUUGACCCUGAAGUACGAGAGAUCAAAGGUGAAGAAGAAAGAAAAAGGGAAGACAGUACACAGAAUAUAUUACUGGGCAGGUGGAGGUUGGCAGUCGCCGCCAGGAACGUCGCACUGGAGGUUUUUAACUGCCCUCCUGAAUGAGUUACCGCAAGCUACCAUCACUUUGAUAUCCUAUCCCCUUGCUCCGAAUUCUCCAGCGCCAACAGCAUUUCCACACCUUCUACGCCUGUACAACGCCAUAAUGAAAGAGUCUGCUGAGAAAGGAGAGAUAGUUACGUUAGGUGGUGAUAGCUCCGGUGGCGAGAUCGUGCUGUGUAUUCCACUGGAAGCCUUGAGGCAGAACAUUUAUGCUCCAAAACCACAUUCUAUCAUGGCCAUAUGCCCCUCAGUUGAUCUAAGUCGUGAAAAUCCAGCAAUUAAAGAGAUCCAGAAGCACGACCCUAUAUUAAAGGUCAGAUUCAUCAACGAGACUGCCUCGAGGUGGGCAGGGAGCUGGGACAGGAAAGAUCCUCGAAUAUCGCCUAUAUAUUCUGAACAGCUCAGUCUGUUUCAACGUGCCAACAUCAAAGUGGAUGGAAUAACCGCUGGUUACGACCUUCUUGGCCCAGAUGGAAUUCUGAUGAGAAACAAGCUGGCGAAGAAUAAGGUGGAGGGCGAGUGGCUCCACUGGGAGAAGAUGAUGCACUGUUGGCCACUCGUGAAGACUUAUGGAAUCAGCCCCGAAAGUGAAGAAGCUUUUCAAUGGAUGGUCAAUGUUUUAAGACGCCGGGUCGAGGAACAGAUAAGCGAUGUGGCUACUGCUGGGGAAGGAAAUGCGAGAAAAGACAAAGCCAAGGACGAUUUUGGGCAAGGAGAGAAUGUAUGAAAAUAAAAACAGCAUUGUCGUUGGAGUUGUCUCAUUUUCACAGUUGAGUUCCUA